AUGCUGUUCACAAUUGGACCCAACGUCGACGGAGAUAAUCCACCACGCCUAUUUGUCGCCAUUGAGAAAACGCAGAUGACAUUCUUCUGCGCGCAAGAGUUUGUAAUCUCUGGCCUAUAUCUCUGGGGCGCCAUCGACAUCCUUCAAACCUCACUCGGCAACAAGCGCAAGAUUAUGUGGCAGCUUUUGUUCAUCAACUUGCUCAUCGUAAUCAUGGAUAUCGCGCUUCUGGUUAUUGUGUACCGCGGCUACUACACCAUUGAACAGGGCGUUAAGCUCGUCAUCUACUCUAUCAAACUGAAGCUCGAAUUCGCGGUUCUAGGGAAAUUGGUCGAAGUUUCGCGGAGCCGCGGAGGAUCGAGUGUCUCAGGGACGCAUUGUGCGAAUGACUUCAUUGAGAUGAGCUUGCGAGAAAGAGGUCAGAGACGCCGAGAACUCGAAACAACGAGUGACUGUCUCCCGGAAAUAGCUCAUCUUGAAGAUACUAGCACUUCCGAAUCCCCACGGAGGAUGAUCGAUAAGGAUAAGAGUCAAGAGGCGAGCACGCACCAUCUUAUGACGAGAGCCUUAAACAAAUCUUUAAGGGAUGAGAUUUCUUCUCUUUAA